GAAAAGCUAGUACUACGAUAUCUAUUUCCCUUGGGGGUGGCUGUCAGAUACGCAUCUUGAUGUCAUUUUCUACUACCUAAGGAUGAAAGGAGUGGAGUUCGGGUUAGCGUAGAGGUACACAACGACAGACACCCCGUUACUUGAAUCAAUGAAGACUUUGUGUGAUAGAUAUUUGAAGAAAGAACUGACAAUUGAGCAAGCUACAUGGAAUAAGUCAAUAAGGAGCACAAUCAUUGGAGGUAAGAUGGAGUACGGCCGUCCAUGGUAGGGUGCAGAUUUCGUGUACAUGCCACUCAAUACAGGGAGUCAUUCGACAUUGCUGGUCCUGGACAUUAAGCAGAAGGUAAUCAGAACAUAUGACUCAAGCCUGCAGAGAUGCGAUUCCAAACGGAAACUACAACAAUUUAUGCCAAGCCUCCAAAUGUUUCUGCCAAGGCUGAUGGAUAAGCUGGGAGUGUAUGAAGGACGGGAAGAAGGUCUGAUAGGUGAUGGUGUCCUUGCGAUUGAGGGUGGGCCAUGCUGCCCUCAGCAAAAUGACGGGUCUAGUUGUGGGAUGUUCGUAGUGAAGAUGGCAGAAUUUCUCAUGAUGGGGCGUGAUGUGCGCGAUAUGGAUGAUGAUGAGAUUGCCGCAUACCGGAAGAAGAUGACGACAGAGUUGUUGGCUUAUUCCGAGAAGUUUGCCGCUUCGCAUGUUCACCUUUUGACGGGAUCCUUCGCUUCUUUGGUCUCCCUGGAGGUCGUUUGGAGCAGGAUGAUGGCAGGCAAACAGUUUCAGCAACUCAUCAGCGACUGCAUGAACACAUACAAAAUGGUCCAAUUGGAAUUCCCAGCAGGUUUAGGUGAAGGGCAAUCCACCACGAGGCCUCCGUUGUUUGACGGAACGAACUAUACCUAUUGGAAGGAGCGGAUGAGGAUUUACAUCCAAUCCACCAACUUUCUCCUGUGGAGAAUUAUCAAAAAUGGCGAAGAUGUGCCCAUGAAGAAGGUCGGGGAAACCAACGUCACUAAGACCGAGAAUGAGUAUGAUGCACAAGACAUCAAGAAAGUGGAGAAGAAUGCCAAGGCCAUCAACAUCAUCUAUUGUGCCGUAAACCCGGAUGACUACCGGAAAAUCUCUUGUUGUUCCACCGCCAAGGAAAUGUGGGACAAAUUAGAAAUCACCUACGAAGAGUCCAUCGACAUCACCAACGUCACCAUCGACGGGCUUAGAGGUAACCUCAAAACCUACGAGUCUACCAUUCUUUUCCCCUCUUUAGGUGAACAAAAGAAGAAGGGGAUUGCACUCAAGGCUUCCACGAGCCAAGAACCUGUCAUGGAGGAAUCAAGCGAUGAAGACAACGAGUUCGGGCUCGUUAUCAAGAAAUUCCACAAGUUCAUGCGCAAGGAGUAUGAACAAAAGAGCAAGAGGCAUGGAGGACCACCCAAGUGCUAUGGGUGUGGAGAAGUUGGGCAUAUCAAUCCAAAAUGCCCAAAUGCCAAGAAUGAGAAGGAGAAGAAACCAUUCAAAAAGCACCGAGCGUACAUUUCGUGGGGAGGUGAUUCCAGCGACGAGUCAUCGGAAGGCAAAGAAAAUGAAAGCGCCAACCUUUGCCUCAUGGCACACGAGGAACCACCGGAAGAGAUAUAUUCAUUAGAGAACAUCUAUCUCAACGACAAUGAUGAAGGAGACAACUCAAAGGAAGGCCAAGACGAAGAAGUAGAGCCACCUAUGAACGAGGAACAACCACAAGAGGAAGAAACGCCAAUGCCAAGGGCAUGGAAGACUUCAAAGGACCAUCCUCUUGACAAGGUAAUCGGUGACAUCAACCGAAAGGUAAGUACUCGUAGCUCUCUUAGGGACACCGUAGGUCACAUGGCUUUUGUUUCUCAAAUUGAACCUACAACCAUUUCGGAAGCAAUUGAUGAUGAACAUUGGACCUUGGCAAUGCAAGAAGGAGCGCGGUUCAACGAGAACGCCCUCUUGGAGCAAGUGGGAAUCCGCAACUUCGUCCCCACUCCCCAACAGCAGCGUCCGACGAUUACUUCCAUGAGUCCCGUGUAUCGAUUCAUUUUUUAUGUUUUGACACGGAUUCUCAAGCCUAGGAAGUUCAAUCACACCACUCUCUCCCAAGAGGACACGAAGACGAUCCAUGCGAUGAUUCACAACGCCAACAUCAAUUGGUGCAAAUUUGUGAUGACUCACAUGUUCAAUGCCACCUCCGAAAACCGGCCGCUCCCCUAUGCUCUUCUCGUCAUGGCGAUCCUUGAUGAGUACCACAUCAAGACGGACGUCGGGCCGAAAUGCAAAGGGACGAAGCAUUGGGAGAUUGACGAGUCUUCCUUCCACCUAGGAACCGAUGAAGCUACGUUCCCGCAGCCUCGUCCUCGCCGCCAACCAAGGGCCGCCGCUUCAAAGAACCCUUCUAUUGCCGAGCAAAUGGCCACCUUGACCGCCACUCUUUCUCGAAUUGACACCAACGUCUUCCAAACGGCCCAAAAUGUCAAUAUUUUGAUCCGAGAGCUUCACGGGUACUUUGACUUUAUCAAUUACCCUUACGCUCAAAUGGUCCCCUACGCUCCUCCACCGAAUCUCGGGGGUGAACCAAGCGGGACUAAUAACGUUGGGGGAGAAGAAGAGGUGGACGAUGAGGAAGAGGAAGAAGAAGAGGAAGAGGAAGCCGAUGAUGAUGAUGAUGAUGGCAGUGGGAGGUUGUUCCCUUGUUGUAAACUCGAAGGAAGGUCUUUGUUCCUUCGUGAGAAGUCUUGGAGUGUGGUAUCUCCAAGCAAAGGCGUUGAGGCUCGUGUGACUCGGGCUCAAAAUUCAGAAGCUCCUGUAACAGUGGUGGAUGCUUUCAAGUACACCAAGACGAAGAAACAUGAUGGAAAAACAUGGAUAGAUCCAGAAAAUGCACAACUUGAGGCUGAUUUUGUACAAUUGAAACAAAUGACUGAGGAAUCGGGCCUUCAAGUCACGGAUCAAGAGAUUUGGUUUGAGCUAGUUGGUGGCUUUGAUCAAAAGAAUAGGAUUAAGGGAGUUGGAGAUCUUUCCAAAGAAAUGAAACCCCUUAAACCUAUAUAUCAAAGCAGAAGAAAGAGAACUAGUGAUAUUUCAGAGAUUGAGCGGUUGAGAGCGGAGAACGAAGUCAUGAAGGCAUGGUUAGAUAAGAUUGAGUUGACAGUUGUUGAACAAAUUCGAAUGAUGUGUGGUGGAAAUCUUCUGACAUCUCGGGACCCUAAUGAUGGGAUGGGAGGCUCAUGAACUGGUUGUGUCGCAUGAACAACUUAUGACCAGUGUUGUGAUUGAAAAUUAAUUUGAUUGAAUUAUGUUUUAAUGAAUAUUGUGUUGUGAU